AUGCAUUCUAGCAAUGGUACAAUGCAGCAAGUAGCCUAUAACUGCAAAGGAUGUGACCGUCCGGAUCACAUUGAAAAUAUGGUUGCUUGCGACAGAUGUAACACAUGGUGGCACUUUAGCUGCGCCGGUGUGACGGGAUCAGUUGCCAACCGUUCAUGGAGCUGUAAUAACUGUUCGACAUUCUGUGGCUCGAUCACAUCGAUCAGAUCAACAAGUGCUCAGUUACGAUUAAAACAGUUAGAGGAGAAGAAAGCCUUGGAGGACCAACAGGCCCAGAAGGACCGAGAAUUCCUAGCCCAGAAACAUCAGUUAGAGAUUGAGGCUGAGGCAGAAAAGGAAGGAGGAAGUCUGAGGAGUUUCAGAAGCCGGCGAAGCCAAGUUGACGUGCACCACUGGGUAAACGAGCAAAACCCAGAACAUGGAAAAGCUACCCAACCAGUUGCCAGUACUUCCACGCCUAUCGCGUCCUCGGUAGCAGCAGGAAUAGCUCCAAGACCACUCUUUCCCGGCGGACAAUACUCUCUAGGCUACACCGCUCCAGUGUCACAGCCUAUUUAUACAGUCGGUACGAUACCGAUUCGCCCACAGAUGGUCCCUUCGGCUGCCCAACAACAUCAAAUAAUUCAAGAAUCUGGCUCAUUGCAGUUGAAUCAAGCUCAUAUGCCACCGAUGCCUCAGGUUCGAAAUCAGCCAUUUCAACUCAGUACUUCAUUCGGUUUAUCGAAGCCCAUGCUUCCUCCAAUGAUACCGAUGGUAACAACACUUCCGUCGUUGCCUGAUGUUAAAGACACAAUCGACCCGCCUAUAAUGAUGCCAAAUCAACGACAAUAUAUCCCGGUUACACUACAACAAUCAGCAGCUUGUCUUCCGCCAUCAUAUCUUAUGUGGCCUUCCCACGCAGUCAUAGCGCCACCAUCAGGGUCGGUCCCAAAGGGCGUAUCCUUUCCCUCAAAUGCGCAAUCGGACGGAGCGCAGCGACAUUUUAUUUCAUCUAUACCCGAACUCGCACCUGAACAUAUGCAUAGGCGGCAACCACCGGUGAUGCCCAAUAAUCAAUAUCAUCCCACAGAAAUGAAUAUUAGACCGAAUCCAUCAUUUAUAGUGCAACAGCCAAUACCACCAUCAAACCCGUCGGAGUACUGUCCAGUGCCUCAACAAUCUGCCCCAGCACACAUUCCACCGUCGCAUACCGUAUGGCCAACAGACGGUCUCAUCAGUCCGCAACAGCUUGCAGCACGCUACGUUGUCAGCAAAGAGUUGCCUAAAUUCUCGGGUGAUCCUUUAGAGUGGCCAAUGUUUUUAAGCUCAUUUGAAUCAACUACGGCUAUGUGUGGAAUACAGCCUGAUGAAAACCUCGCGAGGCUACAGAAAAGCCUAAUAGGAAGUGCGAGAGAGAAGGUCCAGAGUAUCCUCACUCUUCCAUCAGCAAUCCCGGAAAUAAUUGACACACUUAGAGACGAAUGCGGCCGACCGGAGCAACUGCUUCAUUGCUUGCUUUCAAGAAUACGUUCCGCUCCUUCUCCGAACGUAAACAAACUUGAAACGCUAGUCACAUUCGGGAGAGAGGUGCGAAACCUAGUUACAUACAUCGAGGCGUCCAAUUUACAAGCCCAUCUCUCCAAUCCGAUGCUGCUAAUGGAGCUAGUAGGAAAGUUACCACCUAGUAUGCGCUUGGAGUGGGGGCUUCAUUGUCAGCGCAUUUCCGAUGCUUCAUUAAGAGCAUUCAGUGAUUAUGCGUCGUCGAUCAAAAUAGCUGCCUGUCAGGUCAGUUUACCAACGGACUAUGGUCAUGCCGACGGCAGCUCCCGUCGCAGUUUAAAGAAAGAGAAGGAUGGCUUUGUCAACACUCAUUCUACCGAUAAUGAACAUGGCUCAGAGCCAGGCGAGAAACUAACAGCUACCUAUUCAAACCAAAAUAGAGAGAGGAGACCAUGUCUAGCGUGUCAGUGCACUGAUCACAGAAUCCGGAACUGUGACAAAUUCUUCAAGUUUACUCUUCUUGAACGACUUAAGUUUGUGGAGCAAAAUGAAUUGUGUAGGCGUUGUCUAAGCGGACAUGGUAAGUGGCCUUGUAGAACUAAGCAACCAUGUGGUGUACACGGUUGCACAGAGCCACAUCAUAAACUACUGCAUUCAGAAACUUCGAAAGCAGAUGAAGAAAAUAUUCAACAAGCUCCAGCGGUUUUAUCGGCACAUUGCCAUAAUCUACCUUCUUCACUUUUUAAAAUUAUCCCGGUAAUACUACAUAACAACGAAAGAUCUGUUUCUACAUUCGCGUUUCUGGACGAUGGAUCGGAUCUAACGCUGCUGGAGAAUGGUCUCGCUGAUGAAUUAGGAUUGGAAGGAGUUGAAAGCUCACUUUGUCUCCAAUGGACUAGCAAUGUAAGCAGGAAAGAGUCGUCUUCAAAAAGAGUGCAAUUAACCAUAUCUGGAGUUGAUCGUCAAUCUAAAUAUACUCUGCAAAAUGUUCGAACAGUAGACAAUCUAUGUCUCCCGAAGCAAAAUCUGGAUUAUCAAGAACUAUCCAAACGAUUUGCGUUCCUGAGAGGUCUCCCUAUCCAAAGCUACUUCGAGGCUGCACCGAGAAUCCUGAUAGGAGUUGACAAUGCGAGGCUUAAGUUACCUCUUAAUAAGAGAGACAGGCGAGACGAAGAACCGGUAGCUAUUAAGACACGAUUGGGAUGGACUGUGUUUGGAGGUCGGCACGAAACAGCGGGACACGACAGAGUCAUGAUUCAUGUCUGUAACUGCUCUGAUGAUCGAAAACUUCAUGAUUUGGUGAAAGAUUACUUUGCCCUGGAAGAUUUGGGAGUCACUACGUUGGCCGUACCGGAGUCGACGGAGGAUCAACGCGCCCGCAAGAUUUUGCAGGAAACAACAAGGAGGACGGAAUCUGGCCGAUUCGAGACAGGAUUGCUCUGGAAGACUGAUAAAGUAGUGUUUCCAAAUAGUUACCCGAUGGCAGUGCGUAGGCUCAAAUGCUUAGAACGCCGGCUACGUUUAGAUUCGAACUUGCAGAAGGCAGUGACUGACCAGAUUGCUGAGUAUGAAGAACUAGGGUAUGCUCACAAAGCGACCACAGAAGAACUAGGCAACACAGACCACCAACGUGUGUGGUAUUUGCCUUUGGGAGUAGUCUGUAACCCUCGUAAGCCAAACAAGAUACGUGUCGUAUGGGACGCAGCUGCAACAGUUAAUGGAAUUUCGCUUAACUCCAAGCUGCUAAAAGGACCGGAUCUUUUGACUCCGCUCUUAUCUGUUUUAUGUCGGUUCCGACAAAGGCAGUACGCUAUUGCGGGCGAUAUUCGCCAAAUGUUUCAUCAGCUACAGAUUCGAGAAGAAGAUCGGCACUCACAAAGGUUUCUGUGGCGCAGCGAUGAACAUUCCACGCCCGAGAUCUACAUCAUGGAUGUGGCUACGUUUGGGGCAAGCUGUUCUCCGUGCUCAGCGCAAUAUGUAAAAAACACAAAUGCCCGAGAUUUUUCAGAACGGUAUCCUGAAGCAGCGACUGCCAUCAUCAAUAACACAUAUGUGGAUGACUACCUGGACAGCAGAGACACCAUCGAAGAGGCGGCAAAGUUAGCAGUGGAUGUGCGUACAGUACACAGUAAAGCUGGUUUCGAAAUCCGGAAUUGGCAAUCUAAUUCAGAUCAGGUUCUGAGACGGGUCGGUGUAGAGACGACGAAUGCUGUAAAAAGCUUUUCAGCAGAAAAAACAACAGUAGCAGAACGAGUGCUAGGUAUAAUGUGGAUUCCGGACGAAGAUGUCUUCGUGUUCGCCGCACAGUUUAGAUCAGAUCUACAACCUUUACUAACGGGCGAAAUUAUUCCAACCAAGAGGCAAAUUUUACAAGUUGUCAUGAGCCUGUUUGAUCCGCUAGGACUAAUUGCCACCUAUACAAUUCACGGAAAGAUUAUCAUACAGGAUGUGUGGAGAUCAGGAAUCAAAUGGGAUGAACCUAUUAAAGAGAACGAUUUCACAAACUGGCAGCGGUGGGUAAAACUUGCACCAGAACUAGAUCGUGUGAGAAUACCCAGAUGCUAUUUUCCUAAUUAUGGACAACAAAGUUAUCAGUCACUGCAACUCCAUGUGUUCGUAGAUGCAAGUGAGCUGGCGUACUGUUGCGUUGCAUACUUUCGUAUCAUAGAUGGUAACACCCCAAGAUGUAUACUGGUAGCUUCCAAAGCCAAGGUUACUCCCCUACAACCGCAGACAAUUCCCAGAAAUGAACUAAACGCCGCAGUGUUGGGAAUUCGGCUGAUGAAAACAAUAACAGAAAAUCACAAUUUACCUAUUCAGCAACGGUUUCUAUGGACAGACUCGACGACUGUUUUAUCGUGGCUCAAGGCAGACCCUCGUAAAUAUCGUCAAUACGUAGCCUUCAGAAUCGCAGAGAUACUUGCCGAAACAACGAUUGAGGAAUGGAAUUGGGUACCAACUAAGAUGAAUAUUGCCGAUCAUGCAACAAAGUGGGGAAGCGGACCAAGUUUCGAUGCUCAGAACAUUUGGUUCCGUGGGCCUGAUUUUUUAUAUUUGCCAGAAACAAACUGGCCUUCGAGAAAGCUUGAUCUAAAUGAGGCGACGGAGGAACUACGAAACCUUCACGUACAUAGGCGAACGUCAAACCGAGAAUUGGUCGAGUUUUCUAAGUUUUCUCGUUUUGAAGAUCUCUUGAAACGACUUGCGUAUUUACAUCAUUUUGCGAGAAAAUGUCGUUCACACGACAGAGCGUUACCAGUAUCACGGAGCGUUUCACUAACUCAGCACGAUUAUAUAGUUGCAGAGAAAAGUUUGUGGAGAAUGGUGCAAGCUGAAGCUUUUGAGACGGAAAUUGCGGUACUGAAACAAAAUGCUGAUUUGCCGAUUGCCCAGCGUUUACGCCUUGGUAAGACUAGCCCACUAAAAGGUUUAUCUCCGUUCUUAGAUGAAGAUGGCAUCAUCAGAAUGGAAAGUCGCAUAGAUCCGAAGGCCGCAUACUACUGUUUUAACUUCCGAAAUCCGGUGAUUUUACCUAGGCAGAGCCAUGUAACGGAAUUGCUCAUUCUACGAUUUCAUCAACGAUACGGUCAUGCUAACAAAAGUACAGUGAUGAACGAAAUGCAACAGAAAUUCCACGUUCCUAAACUACGGUCAGUCGUGAACAAGAUCGUGAAGAAGUGUAUGUGGUGCCGUGUAUACCGAGCUAAGCCGAUCGAGCCAAGGAUGGCGCCACUCCCACAGGUACGAGUCACUCCGUAUGUUCGUCCAUUCACAUUUGUUGGAUUGGACUACUUUGGACCGUUACUAGUGAAACGAGGAAGAAGCAACCAUAAGCGCUGGGUGGCACUGUUCACCUGCCUCACAGUGCGUGCCAUUCAUGUGGAGGUGGUGCAUUCAUUAUCUGCGGAGUCUUGCAAAAUGGCUAUCCGAAGGUUCAUCGCUAGAAGAGGGACACCUCAACAGAUCUUCAGCGACAAUGGCACCAAUUUCCGAGGUGCAGCGAGAGAACUGUCUGAAGAGAUUAAAACAAUUAACCGUUCGAUAGCCGCAGCAUUUACCAAUGCUGAAACAGAAUGGCACUUCAAUCCGCCAUCAGCCCCUCACAUGGGUGGCGCAUGGGAAAGAAAGGUUCGCUCAGUGAAGGAGGCCCUCAAAGUACUGUCCCAUCGUGACAAGUUGGACGACGAGGGACUAACAACGCUUUUAUCGGAAGCAGAGAUGAUCGUCAACUCACAUCCGCUUACAUUUGUACCUUUGGAGACGCCAGAGCAGGAAGUAGUAACCCCGAACAACUUCCUCCUAAUGAGCUCGGGCGGAGCCUCCAACACGAAUAGAUCUCCAGCACAUGAAUCAAUCUGCCUGAGAACAAACUGGAAACUCUUACAGCAUCUACUCAACCAAUUUUGGAAGCGUUGGGUUCAAGCUUAUCUUCCAACUAUCGCCAGAAGAACCAAGUGGUUUUCGGAACAAAAAUCAUUGCAGGAAGGUGAUUUAGUGAUUGUGGUAGACGAAACUGUACGAAACGGUUGGUUGCGAGGCCGUAUAAUAAAGACCUACCCAGGACUAGACGGCCAGGUACGUAAAGUUGACGUGCUAACUAAUAAUGGAACAUUACAACGACCAGUGAUCAAGGUGGCUCUUCUGGAUGUUCUAAAUGAUAGUAAGGCCAACCAUGGAUAG